AUGGUGGGACCAAGCUGUGUCUUCGACAGCCUAAACCUCUCCUCCGAUGGGCUCCAGCGCUUGCGUGCGUUCGGUCGGGGCGCUGCACCGUUGAAUCAGAUUAACGUGAAAAAGCUCAUCACUCCCUACCCCGAUGGGAUAAUGCUGCAGCUGGUGUCGGAGUUUGUUAAUGAAGUCGUGUUCGAACGGUACUACGAGCGUGUGCUACGCAUCCCUGCCAACGCCAUGCUGGCCGAUCUGACGUUGCGCCAUGCUCCCGAAACGCAGCUAAUCCUGGUGGGCGCUCCCAACGCUCAGUUAGUCUCGCUGGAGAUUACCGGCUCCGGGAUACGAAGCAUAACGGACGAGUUCCGCAAACUGCACCAGCUACAGUUUCUCAUCCUGGACGAAGGAUCGCUGGAGACGCUGAGCCUGGAUCCGUUCGCAAACAGCACCAGAAUAACGAACCUGUUGUUUACCUACAACAGGAUCCGGCAGCUGAUACCGAGCCGGAACGCGAGCCUCGUUUUGCCGAUCGUUGACCUGCUGCUGGGCUACAACCGGCUGGAAACGAUCAACGGGGACUUCUUUCGGCCACUGCGCAACCUCUCGUUCGUCACCUUCGAGGGCAAUCGCAUUCAGCGCGUCGAGGGCCGCCCUUUGGUGCUGCCGCAGCUCACCAUGAUCAGCUUCGUCCAGAACCAACUGACGCAGCUGGACGUAUCGCAGUGGCAGGUGCCAAAGCUGCGCGAGAUCUUUCUCGAUACGAACAAUCUGACGCGCAUCCCCGUCGGGAUCGAGCGACUGCCCAGUCUGAUCACGCUGGUUGUGGAGAACAAUCUGCUGACCGCGGUCGAUCUGCGUCGGUUCGACGGUUGGUCCAAUCUUGGCAAGAUCGAUCUGACCGGCAAUCGGAUACGCAACGUGCUCGUUUCGGGCACGGGGCGCGUCCGACUGCCCAACCUGCAACAGCUGCACUUGGUCAACAAUCAGCUCUCCACGAUCGAGUUCGGUCGCUGGGACUUUCCGGAGCUGUCCACCCUCACGCUUGCCUACAACCGGCUGCGCCAACUGCCGGACCUGUUCCGGCUGUUCCCCAAGUUGUGGCGCGUGGUGGCGGUGCAGAAUCCGUUGCUGUGUAGAAACGUGCGCCGCCUGCAGCAACACAUUAUGAACUUUAAGGUCAACGUCGAUUCAAACUUUUUCGGUGUACCGUGCACCACCAACGCUACGUUUACCCUUCCGACCGGCCGCGAAAUUUGCUGCGUCGAGUAGGCCGUGCAGCACGAUCCUGAAGCAAUAAUAAA